AUGGAAGCUCCCUCCGCUCGAUUACGGAAGCCUGCGAGACCAGACGACGAUAGCAUGUCCCCGUCGCCAGCUGCCGAUGCAGUAACGAAUGACGAACAAUUUCAGCUGAAAGGCUACACGCAAGACUCGAAGGGGGAGCAACCAAGCUCCUCACCGUCGUCCCCCGCGAACAAUGCACGUACUCGACCGGCCCACGAUCUCUCCCUCGGGGAAUCGAUAUGGGCUGCAGUGAAGGUGACACUGAGUGACAGCUACACGAGCUACUUGCUCCCUUUUGUAUUUCUAGGAAUCGUCGCAGGGAGACAACAUUGGAAUGACUCGUUGGUUUUCGUGCUGAACUUUUUGGCAACGCUUCCACUAGCAGCGCUCCUCUCGUUUGCGACGGAGGAGCUGGCGAAAAGCGUCGGACAACUUCUGGGAGGGUUGGUCAAUGCCACAUUUGGUAAUGCGGUGGAAAUGAUUGUUUGUCUUCCCUUCUUUGCCGCCAGUGUUUACGUUCAAAGGCUGAUGUGGCUUUUACAGGUCGGAAUUACUGCUGUCAGUCGCGGGGAAAUGAACAUUGUACAGUCGAGUAUGGUCGGCAGCAUUCUUUCUGGAAGCCUUCUGAUUCUCGGCUGCUGCUUAACCGCUGGCGGUCUCUCGAAAGACACUGUCGCCUUCAACGUGGACGUCAGCGGAAUUCUGUCUUCCCUCAUGGUCGUUGCCUCCGCCUCGCUGAUCAUUCCCUCCAUUCUGGAUUCAACGACUCCACCUUCCUGGGACGCAGUGCAUGGCAGUGUCUUGAGUCUAUCCCGAGCAACUUCCGCCGUCUUGCUCGUAUUCUACCUCGUCUAUCUCUACUUCCAGUUGAAAAGUCAUGCAGAUCUAUUCGUCGAUGAUUCCGAAGAAGACGAAGAGGAAGCGAAACUCGACCCCUGGGCUGCAAGCCUUGUUUUAAUUCUAGCCACCCUCGGGGUUACAUUCUGCUCCGAUUACCUCGUGGACAGCGUGGAUGGCUUCGUCGAGGCUUGGGGCGUCAGCAGAGCCUUCAUCGGACUGAUCGUCGUGCCAGUCAUUGGUAAUGCGGGAGAAUUCAACACUGCGAUCACAGCAGCCAUGAAGAAUAAUAUGGACCUUGCGAUCGGCGUAAUUGUCGGGAGUACCCUUCAAAUUGCUCUGUUUGUGAGUCCGUUUCUGGUAAUGUGCGGCUGGGUUAUUGGACAGCCGAUGUCUCUUCGGUAUAGUACAUUCGAGACAGUGGUGUUCUUUUUAUCGGUGAUUGUGAUGGACUGCUUGAUUCGAGGCGGUCGUUCAAACUACUACGAGGGCUGCUUACUUAUUGGAACAUACCUCAUCAUUGCCAUCGCCUUCUAUAUACAUCCAGAUAGUGCCCAAUAG